AUGGAUUCGGAGAGAAGUAAUGAUUUGUGUAAAACUUGUAGUAUCCUCCUCUCUGCAGGGAAACUGGUGAGUGAUGAUUUAGUGGUAAAUAUGAUUGAGCAAAACCUUGACAAGCCUGAAUGCAAGAAUGGCUUUAUUCUUGAUGGCUUUCCACGCACCGUCACCCAGGCUGAGAAGCUCGAUGAUAUGCUAGAAGUGCGGAAACAGAAGCUGGACUCUGUUGUAGAAUUUUCUAUUGAAGAUAGCCUUCUAGUGCGUCGCAUCACUGGCAGACUAUUCCAUCCCUCAUCUGGCCGUUCAUAUCAUGAAGAAUUUUAUCCUCCCAAAACUCCGAUGACAGAUGACAUUACUGGAGAGCCUCUAAUCAGGCGGUCAGAUGACAAUCCUGAGACAUUAAUGCGAAGAUUGGGAGCGUAUCAUGAGCAAACAUCUCCUCUAGUCGCCUACUACAGCAAGAAAGGCAUUCAUCAACGGAUUGAUGCCUCCCAUCCUGCAGCUGAAGUUUUCACUACUAUUAACACUAUCUUUGAAAAUGCAAAGAAGUUUGCAUCCAGUCUAGGAGUGCAGUAAUAAACAAGUGUAAUUAGCUGAUGUUCCAAACAGUUCCUGAGACAACCAGCAGAUUUGACUGCCAUUAAAAAUUAAAAUUUGGGUAAGGAAUGGUGUAGUUGCUCGUUGCAGCUACCUUCAACCAGCGGAUAUAACUGCCAGUGUUGUUAAGGGUGAUUACCGUUUAUGUAAAAAUCAAUGACAGCAAGAUAGGAUAUAAGGGAGCCUUAAUUUAGCCUAAAAUUUUAAUAUUGGACAUCACAAUAGUAUCUAAACAAUCAGAAACAUGUAUGUAUAUAUAAAUAUUUGUAUAUGUAAAUAUAUUCAUAUAUUGAUGUGUGGAAAUUGUAAUUUAAUGUCAUUUAAGUUUUAUACUUAUAUUAAAUUAAUUUCUUGCUUUUCUUAACUUGUAUGUUACAUAUUUAUAGUAGACUUAGCUAGUGAAAACACUAGUUAGUGGUGGUGCUACUUUGCAAGAGUAGUUAGGAAGGCUGGCUGUGUGUUUACAGCAUUCGGUGAUUUAUUAUACAAAGUUUGUUUUUAUAUUAAUGACAAGAUUUCUGAUUUAUCAUUAUAUAAAUAAGCAUUUAUAAUGUAAAGGGAUAAUGAGGUAAGGUGUCAUAAGUGAGCAGCUAUAUUUUUCUUCUGUUUAACUGGCAAUGGAAGUACCUUGCAGUUUCCUUUCUAAAGUGUAAUACUAAUCUUGAGCUGGCAUUACUAAUACCAGUUUUUCUUUUAACACUCUGGCCAUAUUCCACUGAGCUACGGUGACUGUCACUUAAUAAAUCACUUUCCAGAAAGGUGCCUAUAUUGCAAUCCAGAUGAUCAGAUAACCCUCCAAACUGCAAUAGCCCCAUCCAUUCUUUAGAGUGCAGUCACUACUUUACACCUCCAGGACUCAGGUCCAGCCUACUGGUUUCUGCUGAAUCACUUCAUAAAUGUUACCUUGCUCACACUCCAACAGCACAUUAAAUCACAUAAACCGCUUGACCACUCCAAUCUAACAUGUUCACACGAGCUUGUUUCAUGUCCAAGCCCCUAGCAUUCGCAACCACUUUGACCCCCUCCCUCCAUCCUCUCCUUCGAUGACCUCUGCCCCUCCUUCCCUCCACCCCAAAUUUAUACACAAUCCUAGUCGUUCUGUACAUAUUUAAUGUAUGUGUACUGUAUACUUUUUUUUUCUUUUUAACUAUAGCCA